GCAGGCGGGAGAGGGCGGCCAUGGCGGGGCCCAGCGACCCCGGCGUCCCCGCCGCCCGCUGGAAACGCCACAUCGUGCGGCAGCUUCGACAGCGAGACCGAACGCAAAAGGCCCUCUUCCUGGAGCUGGUGCCGGCCUAUAACCGUCUCCUAGAGAAAGCGGAGCUGCUGGCCCAGUUCUCAGAGAAGCUGCAGCCAGAGCCCACCGAUGUCACUCGGGCUCUCCACCAGGGCGGCUGGGAGGAGGAGUCAGAGCCUGACUCAGACGGAGUCCCAUCACCAGCAGCUCUGAGGGUGAAGUGGCAAGAGGAAGAGGAGGGGCUCCGGCUGCUGUGUGGAGAGAUGGCCUACCAGGUGGUGGAGAAGAGCGCAGCCCUGGGCACCCUGGAGUCACAGCUGGGGGAGCGGCAAAGCAGGCUGGCAGCUCUGGAGGCCCGCGUGGCGCAGCUGCAGGAGGCGCGGGAGAAGGAGGAGGGACAGGUGGAUGCGCGGCGCGCGCUGAACGCGGCACAGCGGGCAGCCUAUGAGGCGCUGCGCGUGCACGUCGGGCACCAGGAGGCGGCUCUGCGCAGGCUCGAGGAGGAGGCACGCGACCUGCUGGAUCGGCUGGUGCGGCGCAAAGCGCGCGCCGCAGCCGAGCGCAACCUGCGCAACGAGCGCCGCGAGAGGGCCAAACAGGCGCGGGUGUCCCAGGAGCUGAAGAAGGCAGCCAAGCGGACAGUGAGCAUAAGCGAGAGCCCAGACACAUUAGGCGAUGGGAUCAGAGAGGAAGCAGACACUCUGGCUCUGGCAGCUGAGCCAGCGUUCCUGGAGAGUGAGGCUGGUGAGAAAUGGAAGAGGCCCUUCAGGUCUGCCUCCGCCACCUCCCUGACGUUGUCCCGCUGUGUGGAUGUGGUGAAGGGGCUUCUGGAUUUCAAGAAGAGGAGAGGCCACUCAGUUGGGGGAGCCCCUGAGCAGCGAUACCAGAGCAUCCCUGUGUGUGUGGCCGCCCGACUUCCUACCCGAGCUCAGGAUGUGCUGGAUGCCCACCUCUCCGAGGUCAAUGCUGUUCGUUUUGGCCCCAGUAGCAGCCUCCUGGCCACUGGAGGGGCUGACCGCCUCAUCCUCCUCUGGAAUGUCGUGGGAGACAUCCGCGAGAUGACCUGCAGCCCCCCGGGGCCCUCUGCUGGCAGUUCAGGAAGGAGAGAUUCAUCUUCCCACUCACAGUCCAGGCGCCUCUGUUUCGUGAGAUUAGUGACUUCACUUCACUUGUCCCUUCUCCUGGUCCCCCCAGGGCGCCUGGAGGCCAACCAGACCCUUGAAGGAGCUGGCGGCAGCAUCACCAGUGUGGACUUUGACCCCUCGGGCUCCCAGGUACUGGCAGCUACUUACAAUAAGGCCGCCCAGCUUUGGAAGGUUGGGGAGGCACAGUCCAAGGAGACACUAUCUGGACACACAGACAAGGUAACAGCUGCCAAAUUCAAGCUAACGAUGCAUCAGGCGGUGACCGGGAGCCGGGACCGGACAGUGAAGGAGUGGGACCUCGGCCGAGCCUACUGUUCCAGGACCAUCAAUGUCCUUUCCUACUGUAAUGAUGUGGUGUGUGGGGACCAUGUCAUCAUUAGUGGUCACAAUGACCAGAAGAUCCGCUUCUGGGACAGCAGGGGACCCCGCUGCACCCAGGUCAUCCCUGUGCAGGGCCGGGUCACCUCCCUGAGCCUCAGCCACGACCAGCUGCAUCUGCUCAGCUGUUCCCGAGACGACACGCUCAAGGUCAUCGACCUGCGUGUCAGCAACGUCCGCCAGGUGUUCAGGGCUGAUGGCUUCAGGUGCGGUUCUGACUGGACCAAAGCUGUGUUCAGCCCAGACAGAAGCUACGCACUGGCAGGUUCCUGGGAUGGAGCUCUUUACAUCUGGGAUGUAGACACUGGGAAACUGGAGAGUAGCCUUCGGGGACCCCAUUGGUGAACGUGUGGAUUUCUGAAUGAAAGCGUAUGUAGACCCAUGCCCUGGAGAACCCUUACCAUUUGCUGAAGGAGAGCGGGGGAAGUACUGGGAGCUCCUCUUAUCUGGGCUGGGGUAAGGGCUACUAGGAGGCUGGUCAUACAGUGGCAGUAGAGGCAGGGAGCCGGGCAGCUUGGGGGAGGGAGAGAUCUGCAGCAAAGGGAAGAGAGGUUACGAAGUGCUCACUUGAGGAAGGAGAGACCAGCAGGCUUCUCUGACUACUCCUGGCAAAUUACUUUUCUUUGGAGCUAAGUUAUGAUUAUUAACUUUCUUGGUCAGCCUCAUUAGAAGCAAAUGAGCCUAGAAUAACCACCCCAACCCCCAGUUUUGUGUUGCAUUUAACUUUUUCCUUCCACAGAUCUCAUUAUACUACUGAUUUUAGUUUAUCUUAAACAGUUACCAAGUCAAACCAUUCUCGAGAGUUCUAUUGAAAACAUACCAAAUUAGUCAGUUCAGUGAAGAACAAAAAAAGGGACAAGUUGUAUUUUUCAGUGAAGAUAAAAUAAUUGGCUGAGUUUCUGACUUCCCCAGGUUCUGUAAAUGUCACGCUAAGUGGUCACAAUACCACACAGGCAAGAUGGACAGACAUGUUCCUUAUGGUCCUGGACCUGCCAGGCCUGCUGUGACUGAUCCGAAUUAGAAGUUUCCCAUAAAGACAAGGUUUGCUAUGAUGAGCUAAGCCUAUGGAGCUCUGGCAGGCUCAUCAGUUCUCUGAACAGGACUAGUAGGACCUGGGCUGGGCAGGGAGGCUCUGACAGUGUGAGGGAGAAAAAGAGCAAGCUAAUAUUUUUACUGCAUAAACUAACCACAGAGACAAUACAUUCCCUCUCUGGUUUCUUUCUUUCUCUCCACCAAACCAUUCUUUUGUAUGUCACACACAAUUUAGUAUUUUCAUUCCCCAAUUCAGAGAACAGAAUGUGGGAGAAGUGAGCUGUCAUACAGCCAUUGCACAAGAGCCUGACUGACAAGUCUCUGCUUCCCAAAUUCAGUUUUGCAGAAACCCGGCAACCAAGGAUUGGAGUGGUGAGGGUGAGGCCAAGACCACAGCCCACUUUUGCGUGGGUCAACAGACUCCUUGGGAGUCAUUUUCUUUAAACAUCUUUUAAUUCAGCUUUCUCCCCCUGUUGUGCACCUGAAUCUCUCGCAUCCAUGGAGUGUCACCAUUUUCUGAGGCUGAAAGUUCUUCCACUAGCACUGAUGGGAAAACUCCAAUCCGCCCAUUGAAUUCCCCUUCCCAGAAGCCAUCAUCAUCCUGGUUUUCUUUGUUCAAGAUUCGGAUGAUUGCUCCCUCAGGAAAAGAUAAUUCAUCAUCUGUCUGGCCCUCGUAGUCAUAAAGUGCUUUCACAAAACAGACUAGGUAGCAAGAGAGAGAAAAAUGCAGUAAGAACACCGACAACCAGGUUACUUUUGCAGCCACCCCAUGCACAAGUGACAACCAAAAGGCCAUCGUACAGCUAUAAUUCUGUACUCACUGAAGAUCAACUUUAGGGUUCUACUGUACAGAAUAAACGUGACCAAAUAAACAUAUUACAGAAAAGGAAUAAAGUUGUGCUUUUUAACCUACUGAAGGCUGACUCCAGGGUAAUACAGUUUAGGCCAAAUGUGACCAAAUAAAGAGUGCCUUGUUUCAGUCUUUACCACUGGCAUCUCCGUUGAGGCUGCCUGAAACGAGUUCGGCCUCCGUGGAAUUGCUGGAUGUGUGUGACCGACUGUCCAAAGCAGCCAAGGACUGCAGCAUGCUCAGCAGACUGUUCGAGGUGGGAAACUGUAGGUACUUUUCUGGUACAUAACCCACUUGGCCGACUUUAUUUCGAGCCUGAGUAAAAGACAUGUGACAAAACAGGUUUGCACACACAAUUUGGACAGGGUACAACAAGAACCAAAACAAACUCCUGAAAAUGUCACAAGAAGGGGCGAUAUGAGCAAAGGAAUAUACCUUUACCCAGUCUUCCAUAUCUCCAUCUUCAAUCACUUCUAACACCUCAUGUUCCUCAAUGGUCAACUCAUCUGGUUGAGAAGCCUGCAAUGUAGGAUGGUCAUGGACAAAAUUAAAAAGGUUAGAUAAAGAGCAGAUGUGAACUGAUCAUAACAAAAACUGGGGAUCAAAAUAUUGAAAUGAUUUUGAAAAACGUAUUGAACAUAAAAAUUUGAGUGUUGUAAAACUAUCAUAAUGAGGUGAAGUUUUACUUUAAAAAACUGAACAAAAUAAAGCCACAACAAAAACUGGAGAAACGGAAUCCUCAAGAGGCAAUCAGGUUCAGUGAACACAGCACUCUGCUGGAAGUAGAGGACCUGGGUUCUAGCUCCAGCUUAUGUAUCUAUUGGUAAGUUAUUCAACUUCUUGAUGCCUCCAUUUCUUCAAAAUGACAAUCCUGCCAUUCUCGGGAAGAUGGGGGAGUUAGUGUGGGAUGAAUAAGCACAGGACCAUGAUGAUUUGGGAAGCACAAGCAAAGGAGAAAGCCGUGAAUUAGAACUACACCAGAGGGCUACCAUGGAGGUGCAGGCUGUGAAAAUGCAAAGAGCUAUGUACAUGGAUUGACUGAUAGCUUGAGCAGUGCCUGGAAUUUGUCUGGAAUCACCGUAAAACAGUGGCCAAGAGAAGAAAAUUGUAGGAGAGAAAUGACUGAUGCUCCAACUUAACUGUAGAGACUAGGCUGAUCCACUUGUGUGCUUCUGCAGAAGUUGCUGUGAUUUUUUUUUUUUUUUUUAAUCCCUAACAGCAGGAGUCCACUAGCACCAGACACCUAAAUACUACCCCUGAGGCAGUAGAAUCUGAGAGCAAGCUCUCAGGGACUCUGCAGGGGGGUUGUAGAGAGAGACUUUGUGACUUUGUUUCAUAAAGAGACUUGCCUGUCACAUGUAACAGGAGGGGUCUGCGGACAUCUUCUGGCUCUUAGUGAACAGCCUUAAAAGCUUUCCCCAAGUCCCAAGAUUAGUUAAAACUACUGCUUUAGACCAUAUAGUUUUUCAGAUCUCACAGUCUCAAAGUGUAAAAUAUCUCCAAAUUACACAAGCAAAAGUAAGGCAAGACUCAUUUCCAAAGACUCAUUUCCUAUUUCAUGUACGUUUCAUCAACCCAGAUUCUGGAUAUUGCUAUAAUAGCUACUUGAGACAGAAAAAUAGUAUUGAAAAUGGCUGACCAAUCACAGAAAUACUCCAGGACAGAAUUUUAAGUAGAUUACCUCUGAUCUCAAAAUAUGAGGGAAAAAAAGCUCACUGAUUUUUGAUAGCUUUUCCAAUAGAAUUUUAAAAAAAAUUUAAUUUAAUUUUUAUACAGCAGGUUCUUAUUAGUUAUCUAUUUUAUACAUAUUAGUGUAUAUCUGUCAAUCCCAAUCUCCCAAUUCAUUCCACCACCACCACCAACCCCCUCCAAUGGAAUUUUUUCACUAAUCUGAAACCACACUAUGCCUUGAAUAUACCAGCAAAAGGCACCUACAUAACAAAUUCUGUGGCAAAACUUAAAAAGUUAUCCAACACAACCAGAUUUCAGUGUGUGUGAUGGCAAAGCAGGAGGGUUAAGAACACCUUUAAAUACAAUGCUGCCCUUGUAAAAAAAAGUCAUGAAGGUCCAUGCGAGUUGUCCAACAUUGUUAUAUAAGCAGACACUAGCUUGAUCAUACCAUACCCAAGCAGUGACCAAUUCUUCCACUUGACAAGGUCAGGUCCUUUGCAUGACACUCAAAACCCUGUGGUCUCUUGAUGCUUUGGCCCCAGCAAACCAUUCCCUAUUCUCUGAACAUACCACGUUCUUUAUUGUCUCUAUGCUUUUAUCAGGCUGUUCCUUCUUUCCAGCAGGCCCUGCUCCCUCUUUCCCAUCUGGUGACUAGAUUUAGAUUACUGUGAGUUCAAGUCCAGCUUCAGUCUGUUUCUACAGGCAAGUGACCAUAAGACCUUUUAGAGCCUCAGUUUUCUUUUUUAUUCCUAUUACAAUGUAAGCUCCACGAGGGCAGAGAUUUUUGUCUGUGUUCAUCAAUGCUAUAUCCCCAAGCCUAGAAAAGAGCACAGCAUGGUACAUAGAAGGUGCUCACGUACUGAUAUUUGUUGAAUUAAUGGGUUGGUUGAUAAUAUCUUCCUUAUAGGGUUAUUGAAGGGAUUAGAAAAAAAUAUAUAUAUAUGUAUGAUACCGGGCACACAGGACUUCAUAAAUGGUAGCUAUUAUUAUUACUCAUGAUUUGAUGCCAAGCUUAUAUGUUUUCCAAGACCACCCACAAUGAGCUGGCUGCUUUUUCCUCCUUUUAUUCUUAGAAGGCUUUGAGCAUCCCUCUAACACUGACUACUGUGGCUCUCAAGUUAGUUGUUUGCACUUUUGCGCUUCCUAUUAGAAUGACUUACUUAAGGCAGGGAAUGUAAUUCUUCUCACUUAUCCCAAGUAAAGACAGCAAGUAGUCAGUAAAUAGUUAUUAAAUAAACACGUGGUCUCACACUACCUCAUGAAGUCCUAAUACGCAGUGGCAGCCAGGACCCCAGAAGCAGCCAUGCCCUCCAUUCCCACCACCAUCUCUCUAAAUUUCCUGUUUUCUUUUAAAACAAUAUGAUUUUUCCUGAUUACAAAAGUAAUGCAUGUUCACUGUAGAAAAGCUAGAAAUAUGUAUAACUAAGACCUUAAGGUAGUACAAUUUGGUAUCUUACUUUUUGGACAUAUUUCUUCUUACAUAAAAAACUCUAAUAUAAUUUUCAAUUAUCUUCAUAAAAUUUUGUUAUGGUUACAUUAUAUGAAUGGUUAAUUUACUUAACUAUUUCCUUAUUGGACUGCCAACUUUGCUAUUAUAAAGUAGUACUAUGAUGAAAGAGCAUUUUGUAUCCAGAAUGUUUUUCUGUAUUGUGGGUCACUUUCUUAGGAUAUAUAGUAGUAGGGACAAAGUUAUGAGCAUUUUUAAGGCUUUUGAAACUACUCCUUAAAUUUAGCUUUUCUUUGUUCUCACCAGAUUAACUUAGGCCUUCUUUGCUGGUCUGGACCAUAGGAAUCACAACUAGGCUUAUAGAGACUAACUCCACUCUAAUCUACCCUCUCUGGAAUAUCUAUACCACGACCAGGGUUACCUUAUUUAAAAGCCUAGUCUGAUUUUAGGACACCCAAUGGCUUCCUUCAGCCAGGAUAAAAGCCAAACUCAGUCUGAUCUACAGGUCUAUCUGACAUCUUUACUUCCAGCUGCUCUAUUUCCCACACUUGAUGCUCACACAACACUGAGUUUAACAUUUCCUGAACACCCUAUUAUCUCAUCAAACUGUGUCUCUGUAUCUGCUGUUUGCUUAUAAGGCUCUUUCCCUUCCCUACCUUAUCACUGUAACUAGAAAGAUCUUAUUCAUGACCCCACUGAAAUGCUACCUCAUCUGUAAAAUUCCUCAGAUGUAAUAAUCACUCAGAUACCUAGGACCCUCUCUGUUUAAGGACCUUAAAUUUUAAUUCUGGAACUUCAAAGUAAAUAUAAUACUGAGACGGAAGAUAGGGAAACAAUCCCAACCAAGUUUUAUAAAAUUUUAAAACACCUUACAAGUAUCUCGGAAGAUGACUUCAAAUUUUCAAAAGGUUAUCAAAACAGUUUACAUUGGGAAAAACAAAAUCCCAACCCUUUUAGAAAAGAGGAAGUAUUGUUAACUUAAAUAUAUAAUAAAAGGAUGUUAAAUGAAAAAAAGUCUGGUAAUCACUGAUAUUGAGGAGUAAAUAAUAUCAGCUUUUGGCUCUCCAGGGAUGGUGGCGGUAGGAGUGAGACUGUCCCAUGUAUGAUUUAGAUUCUCCUCAGACCCUUCCUCUGCUGUUGUCCCUUAAGCAUGGCAUUAACAUGAAAGGAAUUCAUUUAAAUUAGUGCCAUUCAUUAAAAUGAAAGGGAUUCAUUUGUUCAUGCCUUCCUUACAUCAUUCAUUUAUUCAUUCCACAAUUAUUUCCUGAGGACCCACUAUGUGCCAGGCACUGUCCUAGGUGCUGAAGACACAUAAACAAGGUACACAGACAUAGACAAGGUUUCUGCCUUCAUGGACCUUUAGUGGACAGUCAGAUAAAGAAGUAUGAAAACAAACAACAUUCAGUUUGAUUGGUGAUAGGUGCUAUAUAGUAAAUAAAUGAGGACAAAAGGGCAAUGGGAUAGAGUUGUGACUGGGGAGUUGGCUAUGCAUUUAGGUGGUCAGGGGAAACCUGAGGAGGCACUAUUUGAGCUGAGCCUAUAUGAAGAGCAGUGGGUAGCCAACCAAGAUUUGGGAAAAGACAGUUCCAGGUAGGGGAGCAGCAAGUGCAAAGCUGUCAAGUCAGAGAGGUGCGUAGUGCUUUUGAAGACUGAAAGGCAGCCAGAGUUGCUAACGUGUAGUGCAUGGGCUGGGUGGGUUGGUCUGACAUGAAGCUAAGGAGAUUUGCAGGGGCCAGAUCAAUCUGAACAUUAUAGACCCUUGUGAAGAGUUUAUUUUUCUUUGUGUGAUGGAAAGCUUAUAAAGGGUUUUAGGCAGGGGAAUAAAAUAACCUCCUAUACAUACUAAAGAUAAUUCUGGCUGCAGAGUGGAAAGUGGUAGACAAGUAUGUUGGUAGACAAGUAUGAAGAAGGGAUACCAAUUAUUAGGGUUUUUUUCUUUUACAGUAAUCAAAGCGAUGGCCUAGACCAAGAUGCGAAAUGUGAAUGGAUUCAGGAUAUGUUUUGGAGGUGGACUCAACAGAACUGGCUAGUGAUUGAUGAAGGGAGUAAGGAAAAGAGAGGAACCGGGGAACUGAAACUCAAUUUACUUUGAGUAAAAAGUUAAUGGGAAAGCAGGGCAGGGGUGAGAGAGAUUAAGAACUAUUAUACCAAAUCAGGUUUGGAAGUUCAGGAAUCUAUUUAUCCAGAUCCUUGCUUAACCUGGAAACAAGAGGUGGUUAUAUUAAGGUUAGGAAAGGUGAAGUUUAACAAAACUGCUCUGUCAAGCAAUUUUAUUUUAAUAUCAAUUUUGAGAACUAUCGUAACGGAGGGUCUUGUGUCAGGCAAUUGAUAAGGGUAAGAGUUCUAUUUACAGAAAAUUUACUAGAUGUCAGGCACUGUGCUAAAUGCUUUGCUAUAAAAGUGGUAUCUCAUUUAGUCUUCAAACUAGCCCUAUAAUAUUAUCCCCAUAAUAUAGAUAAGAAAACCGAGGCUCACAGAGACCAAGGGACUAGCGUGGUUAUGUAGAUCGUAAGUGUCAGAGACAGGAUUUUAACCGAGGCAGUCUGACGUCAGAGCCUGGACUCUUUCCCAUUAUGUUAUGUUGCCUCUAAUAUGAACUGAACACCAAUUUUAUGAUAAGUACAGUAUAAGAGGCUGGGUAGAUACAGUUACUUGUAUCUUCAGAGUUGUCACAAUUUAAUGUGAGAAGUAUGUUAGAGAAAUACAAACCUUAUAGGAAUAAACAACUUUGCAGGUGAGUGGAUAAUUUCUUAAGGUGCCAGAAGGGCUGGAACUGCUGUCAUCAAAAACAUCCAUGUUGUCUUCAAACUCUUCUCCUUCUUCUCUUUCGGUAUCUGCAUUAAGCUAGGAAAAAUCAGAAGCCAUUGGCUAGCUUGCUUACUUCAAGAAAAUGGAUGAAAGCAGGAAAAACACUUAAAACCUAAUUGUUUCAAAAUGUUAAUUUACUUAUUCAACUGCACAAAGAAAAGUAUCUGUUCUGUUCUCACUUGCAUUUUUCAUGUUAUGAAAGGACAGAGUUUUUUUUUUUUUCGUUUUAAAACCAAGAGUCGGGCUUCCCUGGUGGCGCAGCGGUUGAGAGUCCGCCUGCUAAGGCAGGGGACACGGGUUCGUGCCCUGGACAGGGAAGAUCCCACAUGCCGCGGAGCGGCUAGGCCCGUGAGCCAUGGCCGCUGAGCCUGCGCGUCUGGAGCCUGUGAUCCGCAACGAGAGGCUGCGAUAGUGAGAGGCCCGCGCACUGCUAUGAAGAGUGGCCCCCGCUUGCUGCAACUAGAGAAAGCCCUCGCACAGAAACGAAGACCCAACACAGCCAAAAAAUAAAUAAACAAAAAUGGACAAAGGACUUGAAAAGACAUUUCUUCAAAGAAGAUAUACAAGUGGCCAACAAGCAUAUGAAAAGAUGCUCAACAUCACUAAUCAUUAGGGAAAUGCAAAUCAAAACCACAAUGAGAUACCACUUCACACCCAUUAGGAUGGCUAUUAUAAAAAAAACGAGGAAUUGGGCUUCCCUGGUGGCGCGGUGGUUGGGAGUCCGCCUGCCGAUGCGGGGGACAUGGGUUCUUGCCCCGGUCCGGGAGGAUCCCGCAUGCCGCGGAGUGGCUGGGCCCGUGAGCCAUGGCCGCUGAGCCUGCGCGUCCGGAGCCUGUGCUCCGCAACGGGAGAGGCCACAACAGUGAGAGGCCCGCGUACCGCAAAAACAAAAAAACAACAACAACGAGGAAUUAAGUGUUGGUAAGGAUGUGGAGAAACUGGAACACUCGUGCAUGGCUGGUAGGAACGUAAAAUGUGUAGCUGCUUUGGAAAAUGGUAUGAUGGUUCCUCAAAAAGUUUAACACAGAAUUACCAUAUAAUCCAGCAAUUUCACUUCUAUUCUUUCAAUUCUUUUCAAUUUUAAUUUCUAUUCUAUUCUUUCAAUCCUUCCUCCCCAAAGAGUCUGAAAGCAGGAACAUGAACAGAUAUUUGAUUACCAAUCUUCAUAGCAGCAUUAUUCAGAAUAGCCAAAAGGUAGAAGCAACCCAAGCAUCCACUGAGAUGAGGGGAUGAACAAAAUGUGGUAUAUGACAACAGAAUAUAUUAUUCAGCCUUAAUAAGGAAGGACAUUCUGACACAUGCUACAACAGAUGAACCCUAAGGACAUUAAUAUUAAGUGAAAUAAGCCAGUCACAAAAAAGAUAAAUACUGUAUGACUCUACUUAUAUGAAGUACCUGAAGUAGUCAAAUUUAUAGAGACAGAAAGUAGAAUGUUGGUUGUCAUGGAUUUAGGGGUUGGGGGACAGGGGAGUUAUUUUUUAAUUUUUUAUUUAUAUUUAUUUACGGCUGUGUUGGGUCUUUGUUGCACAGGGGCUUUCUCUAGUUGCGGCGAAUGGGGGCUACUCUUCGUUGCAGUGUGCGGGCUUCUCAGUGCUGUGGCUUCUCUUGUUGUGGAGCACGGGCUCUAGGCGCACAGGCUUCAGUAGUUGUGGCAUGUGGGCUCAGUAGUUGUGGCUCAUGGGCUUUAGAGCGCAGGCUCAGUGGUUGUGGUGCACAGGCUUAGUUGCUCCGUGGCAUGUGGGAUCUUCCUGGACCAGGGCUUGAACCCAUGACCACUGCAUUGGCAGGCGGAUUCUCAACCACUGUGCCACCAGGGAAGCCCCAGGCGAGUUAUUGUUUAAUUGGUAUAGAGCUUCACUUUUGCAAGAUGAAAAGAGUUCUGGAGAUGGAUAAUAGUUAUGGUUGCACAAAAAUGUGAAUGUACUUAAUGCCACUGAACUUUGUAUUUAAAAAUGGUUUAAAUGGUAAAGUUUAUGUUAUGUAUAUUUUGCCACAGAAAAGGGCACAGUUCCUUUUGAAAUGUAGCACAAGGAAAAUAAUUUAACCCAGUUUCAAUGUAUAUUACCCAUCAUAGCUAAAAGGCAUAUAUUAAUUAAAAUCGAAUUGAGUGUAAAAAAUGUAUUUGAGUAUUGUCCAUUAUAUUAAAAUACAAAUAAUAUUUAUAUGAGCAUAAAUAUCUAACAGAGGUAGGCAAAGUAAGAAGAAUAAAGACUGGAGAAUAGAGGAGAUUGGCUUGUUUUUUUAUAUACCUCUGAACUAUAAACUAUUA